GGGUGUCAGACACUGACAGCUUCUCUACUUAAUCAUGUAUUGAGCCUGUGCUCAUUUAUUCUCUCUACUUUUUUGAGUUUUCUCUGAGAGAUCUUCCAUUUCCAGUUCCUUUUCUUACCAUCCCUACACCGCCAUGUUCUUCGCUUCUUCCCACAACCAGAAACUCCCAUUUUUGACCCUUCCUUUUUCAUGGUGUUUUUGCAGAGAAAUGGUGUUCUUGUUUGUGCUUUUUUGAGUUAAAUACCAAAUGGGUUUCGAUGUUUAAGUCAUUUUCUCAUCUGGGUCGGUAUCCAACAAUGGCGAAUCUGGUUCCUGGAGUGCUUCUUAAACUGCUGCAGCAUAUGAACACUGAUGUGAAGGUUGCCGGAGAGCACAGGUCGGCGUUGCUGCAAGUUGUGAGUAUAGUUCCGGCAUUGGCCGGCGGCGAUCUUUCACCGAAUCAAGGUUUUUAUCUCAAAGUCUCUGAUUCUUCUCAUGCUACAUAUGUUUCACUGCCUGAUGAACAUGGUGAUCUGAUUCUUAGUGAUAAGAUUCAAUUGGGUCAGUUUAUUCAUGUUGAACGCCUUGAGUCUGCGUCCCCUGUCCCUGUUCUUCAAGGCGUUCGACCGGUGCCCGGUCGACACCCUUGUGUAGGGAGCCCUGAAGAUAUUGUUGCUACUCAUUCUCCUGGAUUUCUUAACAAUAAUCCUAACUUGAAACCAUUGGAGAAAUCGAAACCGACCCCGAAAGUUUUAGGCAUUGUCGGGGAGAAGGAGAAGUCUCUGCCUGUUAGACUCAAUGGCAAUGUCAAGGAGGAUAAGAUUGAGAAGAAAUCCUCAUCGUUGAGUAGAUCCAAGUCUCAGUUGUCGAAAUUGACGGUGAAUAUCGAUGCGAAAAAGGAGCCUCUAACGAGACUAAAGUCGAUGAAUUCACGGUCGAUACCUUCCUCUCCGACGAGCUGUUAUUCAUUGCCUUCUUCGUUUGAGAAGUUUGCUAACAGCAUUAAGCAUCAGGGGAAGGUUAAGGCGUUGGCUAAUGGAACGGCCAAGGUAGGGGCGGUUGAGAAGUCGAAUUCUGUUCGUUCGGCCAGUCCUGUCGCUAAGAAGAUGGGAGUGGGGCAUCAAUUCAAGCAUUUAGUUCAGGGCAUUGAGGUUGGGGCUAAGGCUCUGAGAAAGAGUUGGGAAGGGAAUAUGGAGACAAAAAGACGAGACAAUUCGAUAUUAAGAGCUACCAAACUCGAUCCCAAGUCUGAAGCUCGGGUUACUACUCCUAGAAGAAGUACAUCGAGCGAGAAGUUGCCAUCGAGAGAGGAGAAUAGGAUUCAGUUACCUGCAAAGUCAUCUAAAGACGAUCAUAGCGUGCACAUGUCUUCACGGAAGAAUGCCGCGAACGGAGCCUUAGAUGAUCAAGAUAGGUCAAAUAGGCAAAAAUCUUCCGGUGGAAAGAAAUCCUCGAGCGAUGCAGGCGGAUUCCCCGGGAAUUUGGUGAAGAUUUCUCUUAGUCAUAAAAGAUUGACUGAAGGGAGUGCCUCAUGGGCUUCACUUCCAUCAUCUCUUGCCAAGCUUGGAAAGGAAGUAAUGAGGCACAGAGAUGCUGCACAAGCAGCAGCAAUAGAGGCUUUGCAAGAAGCUUCAGCUGCCGAAAGCGUGCUAAGGUGUUUAAGUAUAUUUUCCGAGUUAAAUGCUGCUGCAAAGGAGGAUAAUCCACAGCCUGCAGUAGAACAGUUUUUGACCCUUCAUGCUAGCCUGACCAAUGCUCAUAUGGUGGCUGAAUCUCUUUCGAAAACGGGUCCCUCUGGUCCGAUCAAUGAGAGCGAAGAAAACGCUUCAGAAGAAACGAUGAAGGUCUCGUUAAAGGCUAGAAAACAGGCAUCUGCUUGGGUCCUGGCUGCUUUAGCUACCAACAUGUCGUCUUUCGCAGUUUAUAGCCGUGAUCCACCCUCGGCUCUAAAUCCGACCUCAUCUCUAUCCCAAAACCAAAAGAAUGCAUCUGCAAAUCUGCCUAUUGUAGUGUUAGAAAACUCGUCUAAGAACAGCUCGUCGAAAUCCCAAGGGAAGGUUCGCCAGAUGAUAAACUCUAAACCGAUUGGAUCAGGAAAUCCCGGUCGAACAAAGGAGGGAACGACACUCGGUCAAAAGUUGCAGGCUCAACCUCCUCCAGAAUGGAUCAGAGGAAACGGUCUCGACGAAGCGGUUGACUUGGCUGAGAUGUUACGGCUGCAAUCCCAGGACUGGUUCUUGACAUUCAUGGAAAGGUUCUUGGAUGCAGGCGUCGACACAGCAGCAUUGUCGGAUAACGGACAAAUAGCAGGAAUCUUGACUCAGCUCAAGAGCGUAAACGACUGGUUAGAUGGCAUAGCUUCUACCAAAGACGAAGAAGACCCCACCGACAUUUCGACCGAGACGAUCGACAGGCUGAGGAAGAAGAUCUACGAGUAUCUUCUCAUGCACGUUGAGUCUGCAGCCGCUGCGCUUGGCGGGGGAUCGCAGCAACUGCCACAGCAGAUACAGGCAACCGGAACGAAAGCCAAAAGGUAACUGUCGAAGCUCGAUGUUGGUUUCAUCUUAACAUGGAUUACUCGAGCAUAAAAUCGUGUACAUAGCUUCUGCAUCGGAUCACGCCAUAGAUGAAAAGCAGUUAUUACGGUUCUUGUUUUGAAUUCAUGAGAUUUGAUUACUGAAAUUAUACAGACCUGGGUUUGUUCAUUCAGUUCAGCUUUACACAUAUAAUCAACUGUACAUUCUGUUGUUAGUGAAGAGUGCAUAUUGAUAUAUUUCUGAACAAUCUCAUAAUUUAUUCUAUUGGUUAGUUCA